GUGGACAGGGGGCGGGAGCGGAGCCGCCGGUAACAAUUACGUCUGGGUCCCAGCAAACAUGAGGCAGCUGCCCGCCGGGCCCAGCAGUCCUGUUCUCCUCGGCUGCGCAGUGGGGAAGCCGGCAACAGUUUCCUCCGGUGCCCAGGAUGCAGCGGGCCAAGGAGGUGAUGAAGCUGGCAGACGGCAGUCUCCUGGGGGACCCCGGGCGCACACCGCUGAGCAAGGACGGCGUCAAGUGGCAGCGGCCGAGGCUCACCCGCCAGGCCCUGAUGCGGUGCUGCCUGGUGAAGUGGAUCCUGUCCAGCACAGCCCCGCAGGGCUCAGACAGCAGCGACAGUGAGCUGGAGCUGUCCACGGUGCGCCACCAGCCGGAGGGGCUGGACCAGCUGCAGGCACAGACCAAGUUCACCAAGAAGGAGCUGCAGUCCCUCUACAGGGGCUUCAAGAAUGAGUGCCCCACGGGCCUGGUGGAUGAAGACACGUUCAAACUCAUUUACUCCCAGUUCUUCCCUCAAGGAGAUUCCACCACCUAUGCGCACUUCCUCUUCAACGCCUUCGAUGCAGACGGGAACGGGGCCAUCCGCUUUGAGGACUUUGUGGUUGGUCUCUCCAUCCUCCUGCGAGGAACAGUCCAUGAGAAACUCAAGUGGGCCUUUAACCUUUACGACAUUAACAAGGAUGGCUACAUCACCAAAGAGGAGAUGCUGGCCAUCAUGAAGUCCAUCUAUGACAUGAUGGGCCGCCACACCUACCCCAUCCUGCGGGAGGACGCGCCCCUGGAGCAUGUGGAGAGGUUCUUCCAGAAAAUGGACCGGAAUCAGGACGGGGUGGUGACCAUUGAUGAGUUCCUGGAGACCUGUCAGAAGGACGAGAACAUCAUGAGUUCCAUGCAGCUGUUCGAGAACGUCAUCUAGGACGCUUGUGGGGGAGGGGUGUCCCUGAGUGGCUGUUACCACCUCUGCCCCAAAGAUGCCAGGAGCAGCCUCCAGGAGAAACUUGUUUCAAAUAUAUUUGCACAAAGUGAAUAGUUUGCUGCAGACACACACACACACACACACACACACACACACACACACACACAUGCACAUCCUUCCUCUGGGCUCGCAGGUGCGAGGGGACAAAGGUUAGGGAGGGGCUGAGUCUGGCUGGGACCUGGGUCCAGGUGACGAGAGCCACACAGCUCCCACCAGCCCCCUCCCAGGCCUCCGGGUGGGCAGCUGAAAGAGCCAUGUCUUCAGGCCACUGGCCGCUGUGUGUUGCCUCCCCUGCCAAGGAGGGUCCAGUCUCUAGAGCAAAGGCCGCUCCCGUGGGAGCCCACUCGCCCCUCCUUUCUGCCACCCUCCUUUCCCACCACACAGGGGCCAGGCUCCGGAGGCUGCUCUGGCCUUCUCGUUCCCCAAGCCACUCCCUGCCCACUGACUACACUUCCAGGAUGGCUCUGACCCCAGGACCCCGGAGGGGCAGCUGGGGGUCAAGGGAGUUCAGACUAGGAAAGAGGUGGUAAUGAGAGGCAGCUCUUUCUGGAAACGUUUCCCUGGGUCCCAGGACGCCAGCCAGUCCACUGAGCUGGUGGGAGCCCCGGUGGUGAGGGACCAGUGAGCUCUGUUCUCCUCCACCCCAGGAAGGGGGCUUUCUAGCUGGGGAUGGGGUUUCUUGGUGGGGAAUCUGAGGGGAACUUUCUGCCAACUCCACCUCCCCUCCCCCAGGCUGGCUCAGUGGGGAUGCAGCAGGGGGCCUGCCCGCACCCCUCAGGCACCCAGGUCAUCGUGGGUCCUGAGAAGAGGUCACAUGGCUCAGAGCCUAGCCCCCAGGAAGCCCGGGCGGGCAGAGCAGGCCUGGGAAGGGACUUCUCCCUCCCGCUUUCCUGUUGGCCCCCGUCUCCCUGAGCCCAGCAGCCUGGAUGAGCCCCCUCUUCCUGGUUAGGGUCCUGGAGCCUUGUAGCCAUGCUUCCACACAGACUCACCCCAAACCCCAUACAAAAAGCACAAACGCCCCCAGCAGCUCAGGCCGCAGCCCACGAGGGGAGCCCAAGUCCUCCUGCUGGGCUGAGGGCUGGGUGCCACCAGCCCCCAUCAGGUGGCCCCAGGGUUCUCUGGAGAGUCAGUUCUGUGCCUCAGAGCAGUGGCAGGCUUGAAGCCCACCCCCCGCCCAUCCCAGCUCACCAACGUUCAAAAGCACAAACCCCGGGGAUUCUGCUUGGCUGGGUUCUGCUCUGAGGAUGGAGGCCGGCGUCAGCCUGAAGCCAGCGCCAACAAUGAGGGCCAAGGGGCCAGAGACCGGGUGGCAGGUCAACAGAAACUUCCAGGGGAGAGAGAGAGAGAGAGAGGCUGCUCCCGCCUGCCCAGGCCGCCCCAGGAAGAAACCCAGUCCCAGGCAGUACGGACCGUCCCAGGAACAUUCCCAAAGCAUACAUUCCAUCGGCUGCCACCCCAUCUCUGCCCAGGCCUGGCCCUAGGGUGAGCAGGGCCCUCAGAGGAAGGGCAGGGUGGCGGAGGCCAUGGAGAUCGGCCUGGCUCGGCCGCAGGGACCCCUUGGUACCCACACACAGGUGGUCCUCCCCCUUGGAGUUGCACUGACACCCAUCUCCAGUCUGACUGGGGGCUCCCUCUCCCCUCCUCCAGGAGGGCAUCAGCUUUCCCCGGCUCAGGGAUAUUCUCCCCCAUCCCCAUCCCCACCCCCUCAGCCCAGCCCUCCCAGCUGGUGUGGCUUUGCUUCUCAGGGGCCAAGGCCAAAGGAGAGGGUCACCACCAUGCCCUGCCCACCCCAGCCUUGGGCCAGACUGGCUGUACGUCCAACCAGGAGGGGUCUGGCUCCCACUCUGGGAUGCAAACUGGCCGCAUGUCUGCAUGGCAGAAAGUGUCUCCCUUGGAAGCAGCCUAGGAGGGUGGUGCCUGUUCUCAGCGCCCACCAAUAUUCAGUCCUGUAUAUUUUAAUAAAAUAAACUUGACAAAGGA